AUGGCUCCGUUGUGGUCCUCGGCCAGUGUCGUGCUGUCGCUGUCGCUCGGCGCUGCAGCAUGGCCCUACUCGACCUAUAGCUCGAUGGGGUUCCAGCCUCCCCAGCUCGAGGUCAACCAGACCGGUACGACCGCUGACGGAUUGCUCUUCCUUGGUCCUCGCGGAGGCGUCCAGCCCGCGGGCCAAGCGGCAUUGAUUUAUGACAAUGCGGGCAAUCUGGUCUACGAGGGCCCAGAGGAGGUUACUGCCAACUUCAUGGUCCAGCAGCUGAAUGGCUCCGACGUGAUAACUUUCUGGGCUGGAGACAUGCUGGAUCUUGGCUUCGGUUACGGAACAGUCCACAUCCUCGACAACACCUACCAGGAGAUUCACACCGUCACUCUGACCGGUGACUUUGUCACGGCCGACGGCCAGACCCGAGAGUCCUACAUUGAUCUGCACGAGAGCCAUAUCACUCCUCAGAACACGCUGCUGGUCACCGCAUACAACGUCACCCAGCACGAUCUGACUUCCGUUGGCGGCAACUCGACGGACUACAUGCUGGACAGCCACUUCUACGAAAUCGAUAUUUCCACCAACGAGAUUCUCAACUCAUGGUCUGCUCUGGACCAUGAGGAUCAGAUUCCUCUGACGACCUCCCACCAGAAGAUUGGGGUCUCUGGUACGUCGGAGAACCCCUGGGACGCUUAUCAUAUCAAUGCGAUUACUGCCACCAACCAUGGAUACCUUGUCUCCCUCCGUCAUAUGUGGUCAGGCUUCUACCUAGAUCACAAUGGAACUAUCAUCUGGCACAUUAGCGGAGACACCGGCGGUGACUUCGCUCCUUCCGGCAACACCAACUUCUCGUGGCAGCACGAUAUGCGAGUGCACAACGAGACUGACGACGGCCUUAUCUUGAAUCUUUUCAACAACGCCAACACUGGCUCUGACUCGGAGGGUGAUACCACCGGUCUCAGCCUGUCCAUCAACCUCCAGGACAAGACAGUGACCGGCCUCAAGUCUCUGUCGGACCCUAACGAUCCCAUCAAAUCCGUCAGCCAGGGUAGCUACCAGCUUCUGGGCGCAGACGAAGACGCCAACGUCUUCAUGGACUACGGAUCCAUUUCCAAGGUUAAGGAAUACGACGGCAAUGGCAACAUUGUCUUCACUGCGCAGUUCGGCGAUGACAAUGCCGUUGCCUCUUACCGUGGAUAUCGCUGCCAGUGGAGUGCUGUUCCUUUCUGGAAGCCUUCUCUCUAUGUGAAUCGCACUAGCGACGGCGCGUCGGUCUACAUGAGCUGGAACGGCGCCACCGAUUAUGACAGCUGGAACAUCUAUGCCCCCUCGUCGGUGAAUUCGACGGCCGGCCCGCAGAUUGGUAAUGCCACCCGCACGGGUUUUGAGACUCGCGUCGAUCUCACCGACCUGCCAACCAACUACAUUCAGGUCUCCGCUCUCCAGGACGGGAAUAUCCUCGGCUCUUCUGAAGUUGUCCCCUUCUAG